AUGCCAUCUUAACAAACACAAAUUAAAGGGUCAAACAAACAACCAAACACAAUAUUGCCUAAGAGAAAAAUAAAGUUCUAACAUGACGGGUUCUUCUUCUUCUGGUGGUGCAGGACAAAUCUCAAAAGGCCCUCAAGUGUUCAUCAACUUCCGUGGAGUGGAGUUGCGCAAAAACUUCGUGGACUCUCUCGUGAUUGCUUUCGAAGCAGCGAGAAUCAACUUUUUCAUAGACAGUAACGAGCAGGUGGGCAGAACCUUACAACACUUGCUUGUUAGGAUCGAGCAGUCAAGGGUCGCCCUAGCGAUCUUCUCGAAAGAGUACACUACUUCAGCUUGGUGCUUGGAUGAGCUGGUCAGGAUCAAGGAACGCAUGGACGAUGGCAAACUUAUAGGGAUUCCUAUCUUCUAUAAGGUGGAUCCUUCCGUUGUGAGCAAUCUUGAAGGCGAUUUUGGUGAUAAAUUCAGGAGACUUAAGCGUGAAAAUCGACAUGAGCUAGUAAAAACCCAUAAAUGGAAGGAAGCUUUGACGUAUAUGACCACUGUAGUAGGCUUGCACUUGCGCGAAGAAAGUGGUCAGACGGAUAAUAGUUUCAUAGAAUCAAUCGUCAGGAAGGUUCAGGAAGUGCUGGCCGAUAUCCCAAUGGAAAUAAACGCUGAAGACAGUUUCAUGAUCUAUGCAAAGAGAAUCAAGAUUGCGCAUUCGGAGAAACCCGAAAAUUGGACAUGGAGUUCAAUCCACGAGGCACCAAACGGAAAAGCCAUUGACAUUGCAACAUUGAAAGUAGUUUACUGGAUGAACAUAGAAGGAAAUUCUUUUACGAGUCAACUGACACCAGAAACAAAGUACGAAGUUGUAUUCGUGGUUAAGUUAGAAGAGGAUGCAAUUGGAUGGCAUGAGCCGGUGAACUUGCUUCUGAUAGUGACCAUGCGCGAUAAAACCGUGAUUCAGCAGGAGCAGACACGUUUUUUAGACCCCUACAUAGGUGAUAAAGAAUGGGUCGACAUCAAGGCCGGAGAUUUUGUGGCACCACCAAAGGAAUCACCUGCCAGGAUAUCUUUCACCAUGUGUCAGCAUGACGCCACCGUCCGGAAGACCGGACUUGUGGUAAAAGGUGUUGCAUUUCGUCCGCUGGACUAAAAUGCAAAAUCAUAUUGGACUUUCCUAUAUCUCUUUCGUUUAAGAAAAAAAGAAGCAGAUUCAUGUUUGCUAAAAUCGUGUGCAAUUUAUUCUUGUCCUAAUAAGGUCUCUUCUUGACUGUUUAAGAUUCUUAAUAAUUACAAAAAAGAUUCUUAAUAAUUAACUUUUUGUGUUUUUUUUUAAUUAUUAUCCAAACCUAGUUAUAUGA